AUGACCACCUCCGCCAUGUCUACGCCCUUCCUCGACCGUCUUAUAGAAUCAUCCACACGUCGUUCAUACAAGAGGCAGAAACGAUCUCAUUCUCCACCUCAGAAAUCCAGCAUGGCCUUCCUUGCUUCCCCCUCUGGUCAGUUCCUCAGUGCCCCCUUGGCUCCCUCUCGCAAGAAGAGUCAACGGUUUUUGGCCACCAAUAACGAGAUCGACGAAUUUCUGUCGUCAGAUCUAGAAGUAUCCUUUGCCUCCAACGUAUCUCUAAACUCUCCACCUAGAGAACAUCAGUCUUUGGCUGCAUCUGACUGCGAGCCCAUGGACAUUUCUCCCGCUCCUGCUAAACACAGCUCAAGGCUCUCCGCAAGCGGUCACAGGCCACGCGCCUUCACAAGUGGAGCUCGUUUGUUUGGAAACGACCUCAGUAAUAGCAACAGCCAGCUAUUGUCUAGCCCACAGCUUGCCAUUGGUCAGGCCACAAAAUCAAGCAGCGGGACUCAGGGUACGAAGAAGACACAGAGAUCUGCUUUGCCUUUUGAAUGGCUCGCUACUUCGCGCGUCCCAGAGCCUCCUACACCAGAGGGUUUCCGCCAGCCUUCAUCACCGAUGGAUGAUGCUAUGGAUGUGGAUACAUCCUACAUCGCUGAUUCUGCCAUAGAGCCAGCAGACUUUGAUCCUGUGCCAGAGUCAGCAGCGCCAACAAUUACCGAUUUCAACCAACUGUUUCACGAUACGAUGUCUCCUCGUCGGUCUUUCGAAUCGCCUGCUGGUCCAGAGCUCAGGAAACGCCGUUCGUUUUCCCCCGAAUCUGCUCGUGCUCCUAAAUAUCAAUCAUCCUCUCCUAUACCGCCGUCCUCUCCUUCCGAAUCGAAGUUAGAACGAAUGGCUGCUGGAGCUGCAGCCUCUCGUCUAGGGAAACCCGGACUGCAAGGUCUUGGUGCACCCUCAGCAAGCUUCCUCAGGCGUCCUCGUCGACCUGUACUUUCUGCCAUGGUACAACCAUAUGAUCAGCAUGCUCAGUCAGCGUAUCCCACUUUAGAGUCCCCCCCUUCGAUUUCACGAGAUUCGGAAGAAGAUCCCAGUCCCAGAGGCUCUGCGCCUGUUCGUCGUGCCUUCUCUGCUUUCCUCCCACCUUCUGUCUAUACAGAACUUGAGGAGGAUGAAACUUCUUUUGAAGGCCAGGAUAUGUCGUCUCCUGCUCAGGCCUACUCAAAACGGCAGCAGGUGAAGACUAUCAGACGCUGCGAUGGUACAGAGGACUUUAGACCCCUUACGGGUGUGACUGCCUUGGUGCAAAACGAAAGUCCUUCUGCUAAAUUUAUGGCCGCUGGAUUACCAGGCUUUGGAGAUAACGAAGCGCAUGGAAAACUUCUUCCUUGCCACCGAGUGACUGAGGACGGUUUAAUGAGAAUUACAUGUGACACGCUGAACGAUCUUUUGGACGGAAAGUACGACGAGGAUAUCAUCGCAUACCAUAUCAUAGAUUGUCGAUUCGAUUAUGAGUAUAAUGGUGGUCAUAUUCCUGGAGCAGUAAACAUCAACACCACCGCCGCCGUGGAGGAGCUCCUCCUCGGCCCAAGCUUGACUAAACCUAAAGCGUCCGUAAGUGGCGAUAAGGCAAGGAAAACCAUCCUUGUCUUCCAUUGCGAAUUCAGUGCCAAAAGAGGGCCCACUUUUGCAAAGCAUCUGCGUGCUAAGGAUCGUGCUAUGAACAAUCAUGUGUACCCAAAGAUUCAUUAUCCGGAAGUCUAUAUUCUCGAGGGCGGGUAUUGCCAGUACUUUAAGGAUUCUGCUCACCGGUGUGAACCAUGCGGCUAUGUGACUAUGGACGAUCCCAACCACGCUACUUCUCGGCGUGAGGAUCUCGACCAAUUCCGCAAGGCUAAAUUCGGCCGCCAUAAGUCGUACGCCUAUGGUGAUGCCAACGGCAAGUCUCUCUCCUUUGGUCAACAGCAGCAACAACAACCCAAACGCAACACUGCCCCCAGUGCUCCUCCCAGCCUUUUCGCUGCAGCCACGGCUGCUCGUAGUCGCCGUGGCGGCAACGGUACUGGGUCUGGACUAAUGACGCUCGCUGAAGACGGCAAUGUCACCGCAGACGCUGACGACACGGACACUGACCUGGGGGAUAGCCCUUGCCCACCACCUAUUAAGGCGACUACGCUCAAAGCAAAGAAAGGCGUUCGCACAUCCAUUGUCCGCUCUGAGACCUAUGGUCCAAUUCGGAUGCCUUAUUGA